CCUUUUUUUCUCUCUUCUUCCCUAUCCUUUUCUCUCUCCCCUCCUUCCUCCCUCCUCCCCUCCUCCUUCACCUUUCCUAGCUAGGACUGAAAUCCACAUUAUUGCAAGGAAGCAGAGAGAUUGGGGGGAGGGAAACGCAGGGAAGGCUCAUUGAAACUGAGCCCUCAUCCGAAGCUUAGGGGGGGGGGAGAGAGAGAAGAACAGAAGCCCAUUCGCAGCUCGACUUGGGUCCUAAGCUGUUUGUUGUUAGAAUAAUAAUUUCUUUUCUUUUUUGGAAGGGGGAGAGUGUGUUUGUGUGUGUUUGCAAUUUUCCCCUCCCUUCCUCGCUCGCUUUCUCUGUCUCGGAGCAGAGAUUAAGUCGAAUUGAAGAACUAGGAGAAGAAAGAAGGGAAGGAAAAAAAAAGGAAGAAAAGCAAAAUUACAGCAUUUGCCCAAGGAGUUCCAGUCCCAUCUUCAAUCGAGAAAGACUGGGCCCGGGAACCCAAGAUUCCCGGAACUCAGAGCGCAGCGAUUCGAGAGCCGAGAGCCGAGAAAGCAGUACUCGGGUUGGCCGGGGAGAAAGCCAGAAAUCCCAGGGACUAUCUGCUCUUGCUUCUCGGUGAAGGCUGCCGGGAAGGACGUGCCAGGAGCAGUGGAAAAACAGGACCCAAGGGUGCCCAUCGCCAUGAGUGAUUAUGCCUCCGAAUCCUGAGCUUGGAAGUUUUUAGAAAGCAAUUCCCCACUCCUCCUUUACAAAAUACAGACUGAAUCUAUCACAUCUCUCUCGGCCCCAUCAUCCAAAGGAAGUGUUUUCUGAGUUCCCGUGAGGUUCUCUCUUUUAACGAUGUACUGUUAAAAAAAGCAGGGGGCCACCUUAGUGAGGACUCGAGUGCAGCAGCCGGAGCCCCGAUCCCAGACAGCAGCGCGGCGGCUGAGCCUCCCCAUGAGAGAGCCGGUCAUCCCUGGGACAAGCAUGGCUUACCACCCUUUCUUACCUCACCGGGCUCCGGACUUCGGCAUGAGCGCCGUGCUGGGACACCAGCCUCCCUUCUUCCCGGCUCUCACCCUGCCUCCCAACGGGGCUGCGGCGCUCUCGCUGCCGGGGGCUCUGGCCAAGCCCAUUAUGGAUCAAUUAGUCGGGGCCGCAGAGACCGGCAUCCCCUUCUCCUCCCUGGGUCACCAGGCGGCUGCUCAUCUGAGGCCUCUGAAAACGCUGGAACCCGAGGAGGAAGUCGAAGACGACCCCAAAGUCCACCUAGAAGCGAAGGAGCUUUGGGAACAGUUCCAUAAAAGAGGGACUGAGAUGGUGAUCACCAAAUCCGGAAGGAGAAUGUUCCCUCCGUUUAAAGUGAGAUGCACUGGGUUGGAUAAAAAGGCCAAGUAUAUUUUGUUGAUGGACAUUGUAGCUGCGGACGAUUGUAGAUAUAAAUUCCAUAAUUCCCGGUGGAUGGUUGCGGGCAAGGCUGACCCUGAAAUGCCCAAACGAAUGUAUAUUCAUCCCGACAGUCCUGCGACGGGCGAGCAAUGGAUGUCCAAAGUGGUCACUUUUCACAAACUGAAACUGACCAACAACAUUUCUGACAAACACGGAUUUACCAUUUUAAACUCCAUGCACAAAUACCAGCCUAGGUUCCACAUUGUUAGGGCCAAUGAUAUCCUGAAACUUCCCUACAGUACAUUUCGGACUUAUGUGUUCCCUGAGACAGAAUUCAUCGCCGUGACCGCAUACCAGAAUGAUAAGAUAACCCAGUUAAAGAUUGACAACAAUCCCUUUGCCAAAGGGUUCCGAGAUACCGGGAAUGGCAGACGAGAGAAGAGAAAGCAGCUGACUUUGCAAUCCAUGAGAGUGUUUGAGGAGAGACAUAAAAAGGAAGCGGGAACCUCGGACGAAUCCUCCAGUGAGCAGACAGCUUUCAAAUGUUUUGCCCAAUCCUCUUCUCCGGCCGCUGUGUCCACAGUUGGAACCUCUAAUCUCAAAGAUCUGUGCCCCAGCGAGGGUGAGAGCGAUGCUGAAAGCAAGGAAGAGCCCCCCGAGGCCAGUGACAUGGGGAAAAUAUCCACCACCACAUCGGAGGAGCCUUCUAAAGACAAGGGCACCUCACCCUCCAAAGCCCACCUCUUCUCAUCCGAGAGGGAUCGAGAUAGAGAUCGGGAUCGGGAUCGGGACCGGGACCGGGAUCGAGAUCGGGACCGAGACCGAGACCGAGACCGAGACCGAGACCGAGAACGAGAACGAGACCGGGCCAGGGAAGGGAUUCGGCUGGAAAAGAACUCCCCAGAUUCGCGUCAUAGUCCAGCUGCCAUCUCCUCUAGCACCCGAAGCUCAGGCUGUGAGGAUCGAAAGAGCCCUGGCCGGGAAGGGGUCCCGAAGGUCCCCGAGGAGGGGCGCCCAGUGCUCCCGGGGAAGGAGACCUUCACCCCUCUCACAGUGCAGACGGACAGCUCAUCGCACCUGAGCCCAGCCCACCUCCCGAACCUGGCAUUCCCCCCUGGUCUGGCUAGCCAACAGUUCUUUAGCCCCCUGGGCAACGGCCAUCCCCUCCUCCUGCACCCCAGUCAGUUUGCUAUGGGGGGUGCUUUCUCCAGCAUGGCCGCUGGGAUGGGUCCCCUGCUGGCCACCGUGUCUGGAGCUUCCACAGGAGUCACCGGCUUGGACACCACGGCCAUGGCAACUGCAGCGGCCCAGGGACUAUCGGGGGCCUCUGCAGCAGCCUUGCCCUUCCACCUCCAGCAGCACGUCCUAGCCUCUCAGGGACUGGCCAUGUCGCCCUUCGGAAGCCUCUUCCCCUACCCUUACACGUACAUGGCAGCAGCUGCGGCUGCCUCCACCGCGGCGGCUGCUUCCAGCUCGGUCCACCGGCACCCUUUCCUGAACGCAGUGAGACCCAGACUUCGCUACAGCCCGUACUCCAUCCCCAUGCCCCUUCCUGACAGCAGCGGCCUGCUCGCCCCGGGUCUCCCUUCGAUGGCCGCGGCGGCCGCGGCGGCGGCGGCCGCGACGUCGGGCGGCGUGUUGGAGAGCAAAGCGGCCAACCUAGCCUCCAGCCCGGCCUCCGUGGCUUUGGACUCGGCCUCUGAACUCAAUAGCCGAUCUUCUACCAUAUCCUCUGGUUCUGUGUCUUUGUCCCCAAAACUCUGCCCUGAGAAGGAACCCUCCACCAGCGAACUGCAGAGCAUCCAGCGUCUAGUGAGCGGCCUGGAGUCAAAGCAAGACAGAUGCCGCAGUGGAUCCCCUUAAUGGCCUGCACCUCGAUCCCAGAGUUCCAAGCAAGGGGACCCUUUCGGGUGGGAGGGAUGGGCGCAGCAGUGUAUGGGGGUGAGGGCGUCCCCCCCCAUCCUGGAUUCUUGUGUCUCAUUCCAAAUCAUUCUCUCGCAGUGCACUUUGUAAACUAUGGUGAAUUCCCUCAGAUGGCCCCUCCGGAAAGGGCUGGGCUGGGGGCUCAGCUGAGGCUGAGGCUUGAAGGGGGUGGGAGUGGGAGGGAGAAGGGUUUAAUGGAGGAAAAGACCUAAAAGCUGCUAUGUUUCAGAACCGUGCUCUCAUGGAAAGGUCAUGUUUGUCCCCUAGAAAGCAGAGAUGGCCAAGUUCAUCUCCAGAGGUGUCCUCCCCCUCCCCCACUCAGUGUGUAAAAUAGAUUAAAUGAAAUAAAAAUGAAUGGAAAUGAAUAAGGAAAGAAAAGUGAUUUUUUAAAAAAAAGAGUAUAAAGUGACUUGCAUAUCAGUUCUUCAAAAUGAAAUUGAAUGCAGAACUCUUUGGGGGUGGGAUGAAGAUAUACCUGUAGCCCUUUGUUAGCCUGUAUUAAUGAAAUCUGUGUCUUUUUAAUAUUAUUGUGAUGUCUUGAGAGCCCCCAUAGGGCCCUUGCAUGCUCUACAGUAGUCUAUUUUUCUGUUUUUAUUUUUCUGAAUGUUUAUUUCCCAGGGAGAAAAUAACCCUUCUUUCCCCUCCCAUCCCAUAACUGCAAGAGCCCCCCUAAUAUUAAUAAUUUAAAAAGAGGCAGAUAAAGAAGUGGGAGGGGAAUUGAAUUUAUUUUAUCAAAGUUUGGUUGCUAGUUGUCUCCCUUGCUUUCCUUCUCUCUUUACUGUAUAUGCAAUAACAAAGUUAUUAAAAAUAGUUUAAAAAAAAGAGAAGUGGACACUAUUAGACAAAAGUAUUUAUGUAAUUAUUUGGUAACUUGUAAAUAAGUGGAAUAUGAA